UGAGUCGUGAACGACUUUUGGCACUUCUGCUCUCAUUCUUUCCACCUCCACACCUAGUGUCUGUAAUGUCAGACAAUCAGCUUCACCUCCGCCCGCUUCAUACCCUGGACAAGGAUGUUGGUGUCCCCGACGCCGACUGGCUGGCAUCGACUGCUGGGACGAGCAAGGACGCCAACAAGUACGAUAUCGACCCUUUCGAAGCUCAACGAGAGGCAAAGGGCAAGGACUAUGUAGAGUUCCGCACUAUGGGCUGGACACAAGCGGGACUGUUAUCUUGUGCAGAGAACGUUGCUAUCGGAAUGCUUUCCUUCCCAUCGGUGUUUCUCCGUCUCGGUAUGGUCGGCGGUGUGAUCGCCACAGUCGGUAUGGGUGUAUUGUCAUACAUCACCUGCUGGAUGAUCGUCGACUUUAAGAUCCGGCAUCCUGGAGUCAUGCACUACGGGGAUGCGGGAGGCGUCAUGUUUGGGCACUGGGGGCAAAAGCUGAUAGGGAUCGGGUUGGUCAUCAACAGUAUGGGUCUUGCGGGCUCUCAUGUUUUGUUGGGUAAACAAGGCUUGGCCCAACUGAGCUCCAACGCUAUCUGCAGUGUUUGGUUCUCUCUGAUUACUGCGGUCGCUAGUGUGUUGAUGUCGAUAUCAAGAGAAUUCAGCAAGCUCUACUUGAUGUCUACUCUUUCCCUGAUUUCGAUCGCCAUCGCUUCUCUCAUCGCCAUCAUCGGUGUCGGCGCUCAAGAUGACAGUGUCCUCGUCACUGCCAGUGGUGGACCCAUCGCAUGGUAUGCCUUCCCUCUAGCGCCUACCCUCGUCGACAUCGUCGGCGGUGUCACCAACGUCCUCUUCUCCUUUGGCGGCAACAUGGCCGCCUUCUCCUUUUGCUCCGAGAUGAGACGCCCCGAAGACUUUAAGAAAUCCUUCAUCAUCUGCCAAGGCUUUGGGAUCUUACUCUACACCAUCACUGGAGCGCUGGUGUAUGCUUUCGGAGGGCAGUAUGUGUCGAGUCCGGCGUUGGGGAUGACGACCAAGCCGGUCAAAAUCACGGCGUGGGUGUUUGCAGAGGCUAUGAACAUGCUUUCCGGUAUCAUAUCGGUCAAUGUCGGGGCGAAAUACCUGUACAUUAUCGUCUUUAGGAAGAAGGAUCUGCUUACGAGCAACUCUUGGAAAGCGAGGAUCAGCUGGGUGGGUCUUGUCUCGCUCAUGUGGGUCAUCGGUUUUGUCAUUGCUGAGGUCAUCCCUUUCUUCAACGAACUCUUGACCAUCCUUGCCUCCAUCUUCAACGUCUGGUUUACCCUCGGCCUCUGCGGAGUCAUGUGGUUCUUUGACAACCACCCCCGCUUUGCCCUUCCUGGUCAGAUUAGACUUAUAGACACGAAGUCCAAGAAAUUCUUCUACGUCUGUUCUGUUGGCGUUUUUGUGCUGAGCCUUGCUCUGACGCCUUUGGGAAUGUACAGUGCUUCAGAAGGUAUCAAAAAAGGGUUUGCAUCUGGUUCUUAUUCGCAUCCAUUCAGCUGUUAGAGCCAGUCAUGAUAGUCCGCAGUAUUUCAAUUAUGAAGUAUUGUAUGUUCUCCUUCUGUUGCUAGUCAUGGCCGAGGUACCGCCUUUACCUGGCACACAUAGAGGGAUGCAACAUACUUUACUUGCCGGGCUUUCAUCGGCGCCAGGUACAAAGGAGGAAGCGGCUUCUGGGCGGCCCGGAGCCGCCACGUAAUAUAGUAUUGUAUCGAUCGCUCGGGCUGUACAGUAUGCUUCCUGAUUGGGAUGCGCCGGAAUCUAGUCGUCUCAUCAGGAUGAGAUCAAGCGUGACUCCUGAGCCAAGAUGCGGGAAAGAGGAAGAGAGUUGAAGCUGCGGAUCAGCGAGUUUCAGGACCAAGGGCAGAUGCGGCGCUUAGUAGUAGCUUUCGAUAAGGCUAUUUGAGCAACUGCAUCGUGAGGAUGAAGCACCUAGUAAUGUACUAAGGGGCCAUAAGAGUGACCAUGUAGGAGGAUACUCAUACAGAGAUACUAGCAGGCGUUAGGAAGUUGCAGGAAAGCAAUGAUAAGACGGAGUUGAACGAGACCGCCACGCGCGAUUUGAUCCCGUAUUUAAUCACACCGAUAGGGUCGGUGGCGGGCCGAGAAGCCGGAGCGAUGGAUCAGAGGAGAGGGCGAUGGAAUACCAAUCGAGGACUCUUUUUCG